AUGAGUCCAGAAUUCGACCCGUUCACUCAAAACGUCACCUUCCACGCUGCGGACGGCGCUCCCUUCAAUGUCCCCGUGGAAGCUGUGGACCAGUUCAUCCAGUAUUGCAUUCGCAUCUGCAUCAACUACGGUGCCCAGCUUGGAGCCAGCAUUGUCCUACUGGUGAUACUCCUGCUCCUCACGCGGCCCGAGAAGCGUCGCUCCAGUGUCUACCUCCUCAACUGCUCAGCCCUGCUUCUCAACAUCGGGUUGCUUCUCUGCCAGGCCCUGUACUUCACCUCCCCGUUUGUGCACGUCUACGCCUACUUUGGCAGCGACUAUUCCCGCGUGCCCCAAUCCACAUACGCUAAUUCGGUCCUCGGAGUCGUGCUGGCCACCCUCCUUCUCAUCAGCAUCGAAAUCUCGCUCGUCCUGCAGGUCCAAGUCGUCUUCGCCAACCUCCGCCGCCGCUACCGGCACCUCCUGCUCGGUGUGUCCAUAGUCGUGGCUCUGGUCCCCACUGGAUUUCGCCUUGGCUUGAUGGUCGAGAACUGCAAAACCAUUAUCCAGGCCGUGACUAGCGCGCCCCUGAUCUGGAUCCAAAGCGCCGCCAACAUCACUCUGACCAUCAGCAUCUGCUUCUUCUGUACCGUCUUUGUUGCCAAACUCGGCUAUGCCAUCCGCCAGCGCAGACGCUUGGGGGUCGCCGACUUUGGCCCAAUGAAAGUGAUCUUCGUGAUGGGCUGCCAAACGCUCGUUGUUCCCGCCCUCUUCUCCAUUCUCCACUACGCAGUCAACGUCCCCGAACUCUCCUCCAUCGUCCUCACUCUGGUAACCAUCUCCCUGCCCCUCUCCUCCAUCUGGGCCGGCGUUGCCCUCGACCACCGCCCCGGCAAUAGCAACGCCAAUAGCAACAACCUGGCCAGCUCGACCUCCUCUCGCCGCAAUCUGUGGCAGGUCCUCUCGUUCUCCUACUUUGGCGACGGCAAACACCUCUCUUAUUCGGCCUGCACCACCUCAACUUCCACGUCCACCUCCCUCCAAAGAGGCAACAAACCCGGCACCAGCACCGGGACCACCUGCUACGCCGAUCCAAACCAAAACCGUCAGCAACAGCAACAGCAGGAUCUAGAAAUGGGAUAUGGGAUUGCGGUGGAGCACGAUAUCUCCGUGCGGAGCGUCAAGCGGGAGAAGGACGUGCUGUAAAUCCUGCUCGGGUAUCCUGCUUCUGGGCCUGGGGCAGUUGGGGAUGGAUUGAUCAUAAUCAUGAAGCAGGGCUCAGGAAGGCGGAGAACAUGGAGGGGUCGUUGUUGGUAGGGGUUGGAGAUAGAAGGGGCGACGACUGACGCGGUGUAGCCCUAAUUAUUCGCCUUCUCACUUUUCUGCAUUUGACUUCCGUUUCUGAAACUUGACAAAUGUUGUUGUGGAUGCAACUAGAGCAGGAGGGGGUCGCGGUGCCUUCUAACCUCAUUUGUGGAUAACUAGAACUCCGUGCUAAUUUACCGCAUCGGGAUGUUCACUACUUCGAGGGGGAAUCUUCAUUUUUCGAUUCCUGAACUGCUUUUUGUGCCCACGCAGACUAAUUCUGUGCUAAUAUUCUAUUUAUU